GUUUGCAGAUUUUUCCUCCACUGCUGCUGGCAACGCCGGAACUGCACUGUAUGACCCGGAAGCGGAGCACCUUCUACAUCCGGGUCCAGAGCUGUAUUCGCUCCGUUCGUUUAUCGCAGGAGGAGAAGGCUAACCCUCAGCUGAGAUGUCGGACGAGGAGGACGCGGCUCCGGCCGUGAAGAAGACUCGUGUUUUCUACGGCAGCCUGGAGGAGAAGGAGCGUGAGCGUCUGAGAGGCGAGGCGGCGAGCAGCACGAUGGCAAGCAGUGAGGCAGUGAAAGCUGGAAUAGAAGCAGGAAACAUCAACAUCUCAUCGGGGGAAACCCUGGAGAUGGAGGACCGUGUCAGUGAGCGGCAGCAGGAGGCGCUCGCUGAGUUCGAGCGGCGGCGGCGAGCGCGGCAGAUCACUGUAUCCACCGACGACGCCGAGGUGAAGGCGGGCCUUCGAGCGCUCGGAGAGCCAAUCACGCUGUUCGGAGAGGGACCAGCUGACCGCCGGGAGAGACUGCGCAGCGUUCUGUCCGUCGUUGGCCCUGAUGCUCUGAAGAAGUCCAGGAAGGACGAAGAGAGAGCCAAGAGAUCCCAGGAUGAGUGCCAGCAGACAUGGUACCAUGAAGGCUCCGCCUCCCUGAAGGAUGCUCGGCUCUGGUUGGCCAAAUACUCCCUUCCACGGGCGAUGAAGCGUCUGGAGGCUGCACGUGCUCAGAAAGAUGUUACCGAGGCAACCAGGACGAUUCGGCAGCAAGAGUUGCACAAGAGUCUGAGGAAUCUAAACAACUUCUGCAGUCAGAUUGGUGACGAUCGACCAAUCAGCUUCUGCCACUUCAGCCCAAACUCCAAAAUGCUGGCCACCGCCUCCUGGAGUGGUCUGUGUAAGCUGUGGUCCGUCCCAGACUGCAGCCUGAUUCGCACACUCAGAGGACACAACACCAACGUGGGUGCCGUCGUCUUCCGUCCACAGGCCGGAGUCUCUCUCGACCAAUCAGACGUCAGCUUGGCCUCGUGUGCUGCUGAUGGGUCGGUGAAGCUGUGGAACCUCGAGAGCGAUGAGCCGGUGGCCGACAUCGAGGGUCACAGUGAGCGAGUGUCUCGAGUGUCAUGGCAUCCUUCUGGAAGAUUCCUGGGAACGACCUGCUAUGACAACUCUUGGCGUCUGUGGGACCUCGAGGUUCAGGAAGAAAUCCUCCAUCAGGAAGGUCACAGCAAAGGAGUCCACGACCUGACGUUCCACCAGGACGGUUCCCUGGUGGCGACUGGAGGCCUGGAUGCAUUUGGCAGAGUGUGGGAUCUGCGAACUGGACGCUGCGUCGUUUUCCUGGAAGGACAUUUAAAGGAGAUCUACACUCUGCACUUCUCCCCUAACGGGUAUCACCUGGCAACAGGAAGUGGUGACAACACCUGUAAGGUGUGGGAGCUGAGAAACAGGAAGUGCCUCUACACAGUCCCUGCCCACCAAAAUCUGCUGUCAGCUGUUCGUUUUCAACCCACAGACGGUCACUUCCUGUUGACUGGAGCCUAUGACAACACAGCAAAAGUUUGGAGUCACCCAGGCUGGACGCCGCUAAAGACGCUGGCCGGACACGAGGGGAAGGUGAUGGGUGUUGAUGUGUCCCCUGACGGAAAGCUGAUUGCCACGAGCUCCUACGACCGAACCUUUAAACUCUGGCUGUCCGAGUGACAUUAUCCAAGUAAAACCGUAACUUUUGUCUGUUUUUGAAUAAAGUUCAGAUUUCAGUA